AUGCUUCCUCCAUUUGAUUACUUUGAGUAUCGCCGCAUACGGAACCAAAAACAGGCGGAACGAAGCCUUCGUUUCGCUUCCCUGCCCCACCCCUAUCUUCUCCAGAUCACAAAAUCGGAUAAAAAAAUUAUCGAUCAACCCAUUGAAAAGCUGGUUCAAGACAUUCAAAGCUCCACAACAUCAGCCCUCACGGUUCUUCGAACCUACGGCAAGGUUGCUGUUCGCGCCCAGAAACUUACCAACUGUAUCACAGAGCUCUUGCUCCCAGAAGCAGAGUCAUGGCUUGAGUCGGAGGUGAAUUUAAAGGGACCGUUGGCGGGAAUUCCGAUCUCGCUCAAGGAUUCCGUUCAAAUUAAAGGAUUUGACACCACCCUCGGCUACUCCGCGUUAGCGGGGAAGCCGUUCACUGAAGAUGGACCGAUGACCCGGUUGCUCAAAGACGCCGGAGCUGUUCCUUACGCAAAGACAGCCUUGCCUAUCACACUUCUCUCCUUCGAAUCCGCCAAUGGACUUUGGGGCACCUGCCGCAACCCCCACGGACUUGCAUACUCACCUGGUGGUUCAACCGGUGGUGAGGCUGCUCUGUUGGCACAAGGCGGUCGUAUUGGCAUCGGCUCGGAUGUUGCUGGAUCUGUGCGUGUGCCAGCUGCUUGGAGUGGGAUCUAUUCACUCCGUUGUAGCACGGGUCGCUGGCCUAAAACUGGCGUGAGCACAAGUAUGGCGGGACAGGAGGGCAUUCCCAGUGUCUUUAGUCCGAUGGCUCGUACUUUGAAUGACUUGACCUAUUUUACCCAGGCUAUGGUUGGAAUGCAACCGUGGAAGUACGACCACACUGUCCACCCGAUUGCCUGGCGAGAGGAUCUUGAGACUGAGGCGAAGACUAAGCCUCUUCGUAUUGGGUUGAUGAGAAACGACGGCGUUGUUCCACCUACACCCGCUAUUGAGCGUGCUAUUUCCACCACGGUCGCUGCCUUGACCGAGGCCGGACAUACGGUGACUGAGAUCACGACCCCCGAUGGAGCGGAUCCCCUUACUGGCCUUGACCUUGCCUCUCAGCUCCUAAACUCUGACGGCUGUCAUCAUUUCAACGUUCCGUUCCGCAGCUUCGAACCGUCUGACCCCGGCGCUUACCAGCUGACCCGUGUCGCACACCUACCCCGUCCCUUGCGCUACCUCUACUACCUUUACGUGCGCUACAUCAAGCGUGACCAGAUCCUCGCCACUUUGAUUCGGAACUUUGGUCCCAAGUCCUCCGCGGAGUUGUGGCCGUUGGUUGCGCAACGCGAGACCUUCCGGGCCACCUGGCAUAAUUGGUGGAACGCCGAGCCUCAGCAGUUUGAUUUCAUCUUGUGCCCUGUAAAUGCCACGCCGGCUUUGCCACACAAGGCCAUGUACGACGCCAUGUCUUCAUGUGGUUAUACUUUUCUUUGGAAUCUGUUGGAUUACACGGCGGGUGUCUUACCCGUGGGCCAUGUUGAUGCUGUACGUGAUGUCCUGGUGGCUCCGUACCAGACUGUCCUGCAGCGCCUGGGUAGCAACCAUGCUGUGGCUCGCGGGGCUUGGAGACACUAUGACUCCGCCAAGAUGGCUGGUCUGCCGACGGCCGUGCAGGUUGUCGGUCGCCGUUGGCAAGAGGAGCAGGUUCUCGGGUACAUGGCCGUUGUGGAGAAUGCGCUGGAGCGGUAUAUUGACCCACAGACUGGGGAGAGUGCCAGAUACAACCUCCUUGAGAUUGACUAA